UGACACCAGUGGAGCCAUUUUGCCAGAAAGUCGUGUUAAGGGCAGAUCACUCCCUUGGCCGUCGGCAGGUUGACAGGGUAGCAGGGUGCCAAGAGUAAGUGUCAGAGUUCACGGCAAGCAUGCCAAGACAAGAUUUCCAGUCGUUUCUCAGAUGGAAAGAGAACGUCAAGAAAGAAAAUGAAACGAGAAAGCGUUUUGAAAAAUACCAUAAUAUCGACACAUUAAGGGGUGUAACUCCAGAGGAACUGGAGGAGGCCCAGUGCUAUUAUGGUAAACGACGCCUACCACCGCCCACUGUACUGAGGCCAUACGACAUGGUCCUGCACCUGCCGCCUGACUACGACCCCAAGUACAAGAGAGAGAUCCACAAAGUGUGUGAGACAGCCGGCUACAACGCAAGACUCGAGGACGCUCAGCGUGUGUCCUCCAUCCUCGUCAAUGAGGAGUACGGGCAUCGCUUCAGCAAGCGGGUGGAUCCACUGAACUUGAAGUACUGUCGGCGCCAUGUCAUGAAGUACGUGUACGGCACCAGCGGAGUGAGCCUCGGGCCCUUCCGAAAGUAGACUUCAUCCCCUUGGCCAGCCUCUUCCACUCUUAUUCUUACUUUGGAAUGUUUGACAGUGUGCAUUCCUUGACAGCGUGUCCGUGCAUAUGUUUAUUAGGAAGCUUACAGACUGUGUGUGUGUGUGUGAGAGAGAGAAAAUACAUAAUAUUCCCUGCACUUACCUGUAUAUACAUGUGGUCUUAGUAUCUAGAAUGCUAAUGUGCCGGUAGCUUGCAGAUUUUUGUAAACUCUCAAAGGAUGACAACCUUUAUCCCUUGUCUCUCCACACAUUUUUAUUGAAGAAUUAACUCCCCGAAAAACUUUGAAACCAUUGGCACUUUUGAAUUCAAGCAUGCAAGUUGUUUCCUUAGACACUUGCCCCAUUCAAGGCCCUGUUCAUCCUUUACAAAAUUGUGUAACAGUACUGCUGUUUUUUUUUAUAAAUAUAUAUCUUUAAAAGGCUUUAUAAAUUUCAAAUUUGAGUAACUUGGAAGAAUAAGCAAUGGAUGACUGUGUAUCUGAAAACUUGAUGUAAAAUUAUUUCUAAAUUUUGCAAUAAAGUAUCGGAAGAGGCAA